AAACCAAACAACCCCUAAUACUCGCUAUAUAAAAGAAUAAGAAAGUAUUUUGAUCCUGGAACGAAAGAUAAGGGACAAUUUUGGACAUGACACGGAAAGCCGAUUUCAAUUUCCCCCUCCGCAAGACAGAGAGCUAUAUAAAAAAUAUAAAUCAGAACUGAAAGUUAAUUGAAUUAAGCAAAAGCAAAAAUGGAAGAAGAAUUAAAGCAAAAGCUUCAAGAAUUGCAGAAGCAAUUAGGAAAGAAACAAAUGUUUGAGGAAGCAGUUUCCUCCAUUAGAUCUCUUCUUCUUCAAUACUAUCCUUCUGCUUCCCCUUCUCUUCGUAAUUCGUUCUAUACGGUUGUAUUUCGGGUUGCCACCAUUUUAAAGACAAGAUACACAAUGCCUGGAUUUUGGAAUGCUGGUCUUGGGCUAUUCGUUGAGGCUGAGCACCUGGUGUCAGGAUCGUCUGAGAAGAAACAUUUGCAGAGUUGCAUUAGUCAGGCGCGAGAGCAGUUAACUGAAGUACAGAAUGAAUCUCAGAAUACAACAUCAACAGAAAAUGGCUCAAAUAGAAGGUUCCUUUUUGAGGGGCAUCUUACUGUUGACCCUGAGCCUGAGCAGCCUGCUUGGCUCGAGCUGUCUUCUCAGGGUGAUCCAGCCAAUGUUAACACUACGGAAGGUGCUCGCAGUGUACUUGAGGAGCUGGUUGCUAGACUAGAUGAUAUAAUACCAGAGAUGCUGGAUGACGGUCCUGCUGCCCCGAGAGCACCACCUGCCAGUAAACAAGUCGUGGCAAACCUCCCAGUUAUUACUGUCACAGAUGAGUUCUUGAUGAAGCUUGUUGCAGAUGCAGAGUGUGCGAUUUGCAGGGAGGUGUUAGUUGUAGAUGACAAGAUGCAAGAGUUGCCGUGCAAGCAUAUGUUUCACCCUCCUUGCUUGAAGCCAUGGCUGGAUGAGCACAACUCUUGUCCAAUUUGUCGGCAUGAGUUGCUCACAGAUGAUCAUCACUAUGAGAACUGGAAGGAGCGGGAAAAGGAAGCGGAGGAGGAAAGAAAAGGGGCUGCUAAUGCAGUUCGUGAGGGUGAAUACAUGUAUGUAUAAUGCACAGUACUCAAACAAAUCGAAACUUGUGCUUGUCUGCUUUUGCUGACAAUUUGGGCCGUGGCGGAGGAGUUACCAAAUUUCUUUUAUAUAUUGGGUGUAUAAAUGUACUAUAAAACCGUCUUUGGAUUUGCUUGGAAUGCAUAUAUAUUGAUUUUCUGCUGGUUUUGUAUUGCUA